ACUGGAGUAUUGGGAAACAAGUCUCUCAGUCUCUCAGCACGCGGCCCCACACCACCUCGGGCUCACAGGGGAGGGAAAAAACCCCAAAACAAAACAUCCAUAUCCUCUUUUGCUCUCCAAGAGUCUCCCCCAUGUCUACCCCGGUGCCUCCUCCCAAUGGCAGCUUCGUCGACUCGGUCCGCGGCAACGGCACCGUCCCCAUCCCGGCGGACCCCUGGAUGUCGGACACGUCGCGCGCGCUGCAGAUCGUCGUGACGCUGGUCAUCAUCCUGGUGGGCGUGCCGCUAAACGCGCUGGUGGUGUGGGUGCUGGGCGUGCGCCGCUGGGUCUCCGGGUCCGGCCAGCGCAGCGCGGAGCGACGCGGCGCCAGCAGCUUCCGCGUCUACGUGGUCAACCUGGCGCUGGCGGACCUGGUGCUGCUGCUGCGCACGCCGCUCAUGCUGGGCUACCUGGCGCACAACUUCUCGUGGCCGCUGGGGCUGCACGCGUGCCGGCUGGUCAUGUUCCUGCGCGCGCUAGGGCUGUACGCCGCCUCGUGCCUGCUGUGCGCCGUGGCGCUGGAGCGCUGCCUGUGCCUGCUGAGGCCCGUCUGGGCGAGUCUCAAGCGCCCGCGCUGGGCCGUGCCCCUGGCCUGCGGCCUGCUGUGGCUGCUGGCGUUCUGCCUGGCCUGCCCGUACCUGCGCAGCGCCGAGCUGAAGAACUGGGGCGGCAAGUGGCAGUGCCUGGAGAGCGUGCCCAAGUCCGCCACGGGCGACGGCUUCUUCAUCACCGAGACCAUCUUCGGCUUCCUGCUGCCCGUCACCAUCUUCCUGUCCUGCAACCUGGCGGUGCUGGUCAGCGCCCGGCGCGCCGAGGCGGGCAUGAUGACGCCGACCGCGUCGGUGGCGAAGCCGUCGCUGGCGCCCGGCUCGAUGUCGGCCAGUCAGAGCUACACGGCACGGCGUCUGGUGCGCCUCUACCGGGUGCUGCUGCUCACGAUGCUCCUCUUCCUCAUCUGCUGGGUGCCGUACUUCACCUUCCGCUUCCUGCGCUGGCUGGUGGCCAAGCGGGGCCUGAAGAGCAUGGCCAACGUGGCGGUGAAGGGCUACUACGUGUCGCUCUUCCUCGUCUACGUCAAGAGCGUGUUCAACCCCAUCCUGUACGUGUUUGCGGCCAAGGGCCUCGGGAGGACGAUGCGCGCCUCCCUGUUGUCCGCGGUGGAGCGAGUCUUCAACGAGGAUAACUCCGAGUCGCUACGCAGGAAAUCAAUGCGUCGUAAAGACUCCCAGAUUUAACACUGUGAGCGAGAGACGAGGGGAACUGUAUAGGCCGAAUAGAAGGGCAUUGGAACUGGACUUUGCAUGGACUUGACACAUUUUUAAAGAACAACAUAUUAAAUGUAUGCAGUGCUUUAUCUAGAUACACAAAGUGCUUUACCAAGCACAACCAAAGCGUAGCACCCAACCUGGUGAUGCACGAGUCAUUUGGCAGAAUGGCAGAGCUCUAACCAUACUCCAGCUUGACAGAAUGUAUGUAAUGAAUGUAAUGUUGUCUUAGUAUUAUAUAUAUAUAUAUAUACAUGUUCUUUCUGUGUAUUGUCUGUUCUCACAUGUUUUGUUUUGUCCUUAUGUCUACAGUUGAAAAAGAAAACAAGAACAGUGUUUUAUUUUUGGUAACAAUUUAUAUUUUGCAUUUUGUAUUAAAACUGAAAAUGCACAGAAAAAAACAACAACUAAAAAAACUGC